AUGAGGACAAAUACGCAAAUAAUAAUUUUCUUCCUGUUGGGAUUGCUUAGCUGUACGUGCGGAGCUGACGGAAUCAGCAGCCCACACAGAAGUAAUGAGAACGCGGUAAAUGGCAACAACGGAAAUAAAGGCAACGGAAAUGGAAGCGAUGUACCAGCGUUCACUGGAGGAAAUAACAAUAACGUGAACGACAACAAUAAUGACAACAAUUCUAAAAAGAAUGGAAAGGACGCAUCAAAUAAAAAUGAUAAGAAGAACGAUAAUGGCAGCGGCUCAGAUGAGAAGAACUCUGUAGAUAAUGCUGACAAUGGUAGCGGCAAAUCUGAUGCGAAUGGCAACCAGAAUGAUGAAGGUAGUAAUAAAAUGAAUGAAGCAUCUUUAAAGAAAAUCCUUAGAAUUGUUGAUGAAAUGGAAAAUGUUCAAGUACUUCUCGAUGGAGAUUACAACAUGUUGGAUAAGUACAGUGUCAAAUUAGUUGACGAAGAUGAUGGAGAAACUAGUAAAAGAAAGAUCAUUGGAGAAUAUGAUUUGAAGAUGUUAAAAAAUAUAUUAUUGUUCAGAGAAAAAAUUUCCCGAGUUUGUGAAAAUAAAUACAUUACAAAUUUACCAGAACUCCAAAAAAAAUGCUCCAAUGUGGAUGACCCCAAAUUAAGUAAAUCCAGACAGAAAAUUAAAAAAGGAUUAGCAAAAAAUAAUACGAGUAUUGAAGAAUUUGUCUUAGAGAUGUUAGAGAAUUUAUUUGAUAGAAUUAAUGAACAUUUUAUUAAAGACGACUCAUUUGAUUUAAAUGAUUAUUUAGAUGAUUUCGAACUCAUUAAUUAUAUAAUUAUUCACGAAACAUCCGAAUUGGUUGAUGCACUAUUGAACGCAUUAAAGUCCCUGAAUUUCAAAUUGGAGUCCGCAUCUUUGGAUAAAAUGGUUAAAUUUGCACAAUCAGGAAUGAACUUAAAUUGCAAGAUGAAGGAAGACAUAAUUCAGUUACUUAAGAAAUCUUCUGCCAAAUUCUUUAAAAUCGAAAUUAACCGAAAGACCAAGAUGGUAUACCCAGUACAAGUUGAACACAAAGGUGGCAACAUGAAACAAUUCGCCCUUAACUUCCUUCAGAAAAAUAAUGUCUGUGAACAUAAAAAGUGCCCAUUAAACUCCAACUGCUAUGUCAUUGAUGGAGAGGAAGUCUGCAGAUGUUUACCAGGAUUUAGCGACGUCAAAAUUGAUAAUGUUAUGAACUGUGUUAGGGAUGAUACCCUUGACUGUAGCAACAACAACGGUGGUUGUGAUGUGAACGCAACCUGUACUCUUGUAGACAAAAAAAUUGUGUGUGAGUGUAAGGACCACUUUCAAGGAGAUGGAAUAUACUGCUCCUACGGCAUUUUUAACUCCAUCAACAAUUUCAUUUUCCUGAUCUUGUUCCUUUUGUGCUGGUACCUGUUCUAA